CUGAAUUCGGAGCUGAAGGAGGACAUAGCCGCAGGGCUGGAACACUUCGCAAAACUCGCGCGUCUUGGUAUGAUCGAGAAAGCCAAAAAAUGGUACGACGGCUGCCUCGAGUGGCGUGCCCACAGGUUUCCCAUCCGAGCAGAAUACGUAGAUAUGCUUCUGCAGGAGGGAGAACACCAGGAAGUUAUCCGGAUACUUGACAGCACUGAUUACAGCACUCUGACCGCGCUGGGCCGAGCACAGCUCUCUGACGUUCGCCGACUUUUCAACCUGACGAAACUCCUGGCCAUACUGCGUUGGAAAGGCAUGCUG